UGGCGAUCAUAAUACGAUCUCGCGCGAAACCACGAGACUUCCUUUUCUAAAGUGGUUAUGGUUGCGUAAAAGGAUACCGAGAUGAAGUUGAACAUAUCCUACCCAGCGACCGGAGCUCAGCAGCUGAUAAAGAUCGACGAUGAGCGCAAGUUGCGCGUCUUCUACGAGAAGCGCAUGGCGCACGAGGUCGCGGCAGACGCACUCGGAGACGAGUGGAAGGGCUACGUAGUGCGCAUCAGCGGUGGCAACGACAAGCAGGGCUUCCCCAUGAAGCAGGGCGUGCUGACGUCGGGCCGAGUGCGUCUGCUGCUCAGCAAGGGUCACUCGUGCUACCGUGUGCGCCGCUCGGGCGAGCGCAGGAGGAAGUCGGUGCGCGGAUGCAUCGUAGACGCCAACCUCAGCGUUCUCAACCUCGUCAUCGUCAAGAAGG